GGGUGUAUAAAAAUAGAGUUAUUUCUCUUUAAGCGGACGGAUGAUUUUCUACUUUUAAUAGGUUACACGUAAUUUUCUGUCAGUUUCAUUUUCAGUUUCGGUUUGUAAAGUCGAUCAAGGAUAGACAUGCUUCAUUAUCAUUAUGAAAACGGACAAACCAUAAAUAAGCAGAUGCACCUCUGGAACAAGUUUACAUGGCACUCGCGGAAGUACAAAACUUAAAUAAAUCUGAUGGCUGUUUGGUGAAGACCUUAAUAGUACAUUCUUAUGGAACGACAAAAUAACCUGGAAUUGUAUUUGAACGAUGUUUAUGAAAAGGAAUGUGUAUUUAAAAUGGAGAAAGACGAGGUUGAGUUUAUUCAGACAGGGAUAGAGUAUCUUGUGCAGGUUUUAGUUGACCAGGCACUUACAGAUCUGUCUGACUAUCAUUUAGGUCUAUCCCAUAUCAUUGAUAAUGAUCUAAAUGUAAGCUAUAUAUUAGAAGUUUAUUUCCCUAUAAAGGAUAAAAGUUGUCUUCAAAGGUAUGUGGCAAGAAAUAUUAGUAAUGAAAAAACGUUCAAGAACACUAUCAUAAAAGUGGGAAGCUUUUAUGAUGGAUCAAAGAAUAACUUUCCUGAUGAGUUUGACUUCAUUUUUCUUCUUCUGGGCGUUGGAGAACCCUGGCGAUUUUCGCAUGAUAUGGACAUGAAUAACUUUAUUCACAAAAUACUGCACGAAAAGGUUUAUGAAAAUGAAAAACCCUUUCAUUACUUCUCUUUUAGUGAAAAAGAUCAAGUAAAAAGAAAACUAGAACUUGAAAAAUCUAUAGAGAUGCAUGGCCCAGCAUAUACACUGCGUUUCAUUUACAACAAUGAAGUUGGAAAACAAAGAUAUAUACAUGUUGAUCUUGUACCAGCUUACAAGAUUAUAGAUAGUAAAACUCGACAGUGGUUUGUAGAGUCUGUUAGAAAGUAUGUAGAGCCAGCAACUUUCCGUGAAGAGAUCUUGGCAGCAGAUAACAGUCUGUUUGUAAAGGAGCAUUUAGACUUUACUGAGAUGGAGAAACAUUUUAUGAACAAUAUUUUAUCAAGGAAACAUAUGAAAGUGUACCGAAUCCUAAAGUUUCUCAUAAAUGGAAAUGGUGAUGGUGAAGAACUUGAGAAAUACUCGAAAAAAGGUUCUGGGUCUUAUUAUUCCUCGUAUCGUAUCAAAACUUUAAUGAUUUAUCAUCAUGAAGCCUGUACAAACACUGUGUCAGGAGACCUGGGACCUUGUAUUCUACAGGUGUUGGAGGAAUGUGGUAGAUAUAAAAAUGCUGAAGAUUUUCCUAAAUUCAUCAGUAAGGAAUAUCCAUACAAACAAUUUAUGCGUUCACCAACUCCGAAAACUCCGUUUUCGUUGUUACCAUACCUAAUAUCCGCAAUAACAAUUUUGCGAUCCCUGCAAACAUCACACGACAGUUACGAUUAUGAGAGAUGUAAAAUGCAGUCUAUAUCAAGGCAAUAUUUGGGCUUCCUUAUGGCAGAUAAACAAACUUUACAAUAAAUAGCUUCAUUUUGUGAUCGAUAGAAAUAUCAGGAGGAGACGGAGGAAAGGAAAGCGUCCGUGUGAUCGAUAGAAAUAUCAGGAGGAGACGGAGGAAAGCGUCCGUGUGAUCGAUAGAAAUAUCAGGAGGAGACGGAGGAAAGCGUCCGUGCUUUUUACUUUUUUUGACACUGAAGAGAUAAAGGAUGAACGAACUUUGAUAGAGAACAUUGACAGGAAGUGAAGUACACAAGAAUUGUAACUAUGCAUUGCUUAUUUUAAUUAUCGCCCUUUAUUAAGUUUCAUUGACUGGAGUUUAUUCCAAAUAUGAAGUGUGAAACAAUUUGGGAAAGUGUACUGUACAAGUACCGAGCUUACUUUUUGACUUAUAUUAUCGCUCUUUAUCAAUUUUCUCAAAACUAUCUGAAGGUUUUGAAAAACAAAUUUACUUCUGUUAUUAUAUCUACCUUACAAUACAUUCCCGCACUGGUAACGACUCGGUAACACAAUUUAGUAUUUGAUCAACUAAAAUCUGCUCAAGAGUUGUUAUCAUUAGAAAAACUGCAUUUUCUUUCUAUAUAGGUACUCAUUACUUUUAAAAUGUAAUUCAGUUUCGUUUUUUUUUUACUUUAAUCUAGCAUCUACAGAGCGAUCAAAGCACAUUCAGACAAGUUAAAUGAUCAGAAAUGAUUUAUGGCAGUCAUGAAUCUAGCAUCUACAGAGCGAUCAAAGCACAUUCAGACAAGUUAAAUGAUCAGAAAUGAUUUAUGGCAGUCAUGUUAAAACAAAGAUGACUGCUAAAACAUGCCCAGCGUGUUUUAAUAAAAUGCAUGAUUAAAUCUUGCAGAAGAACAGUUUCUUAAAAUAUGGUAUUUAAAUAAAUUCAACGAUUUUGGAAUAUCAGUAGAGAAUAGUUGAACUCUAUGUAAAUACUAAUAUGAACAAUUUAAAGUUUUUCCUAAAUACGAGAAUUUGUUCAUCUUAUAUCUGAACACUUUACAAACAUUCAUGUUCAAUGAUCUGUAUUUCAUUGCAACAAAUAUUCGAUUCUGGAUCCCUUGUAAUACCGUUAGAAUAUCAUUCUGCAACACUUAGACCAAUACAGAACAUAUGAGCCGCACAAAAAAACCCCAGCGUAGUUCAUUUGCGACCAGCAUGGAUCCAGACUAGCCCGCGCAUCCGCGCAAUCUGGUCAGGAUCCAUGCUGUUCGCUAACUGUUUCUCCAAUUGCAAUAGGCUAUGAAAGCUAACAGCAUGGAUCCUGACCAGACUGUGCACAUGUGUAUAUGCGCAGACUGGUCUGGAUCCAUGCUGGUCGCAAAUGCACUAGUACGUUGGUUUUCUUAUAGUGCAGCUCAUUUGCAUUAAUGUUUAGAUACAUGACUUGUUGCGCUAAAAUGAUGAAAAUUUAAACAUUAUAUGAAAUAUUCCGGAAACAUAUUACAUACAUUUUUGUCCACAAAUUGUCAAAAAAGUUUAAAAUGUUAUUGAAACCUAUCUGUAUCGCAUUGAGAGUACAUUUAAGUUCAUUUGUUGACAAUAUGAAUCUUAAUAUUGCCUUGAAACAAUACUCUAGUCCAAGCAAUAAUUAUGUUCUGCUAUAUCAAAAUCAAGCUGAACGAUCUUCUGUUUUUCUAUCAUUGUCGCUUUUGUCUAUAAGUUAGAUGAUCAUAUGUACAAUCUAAAUAGUGCAUAGCAUCAUUACCAGUAACAGAGUUUUAUCAUACUUGAUUGUACAUUUGCUUACACAGUCAAGUUAAGAAGAUAGCCUUUUGUUUCUUCAUUUGUGCAGCAUUGAGCGGAAGAACCAUGCAUUUUCCUGCAGCUUUUCCUCACAUUUUAGGGGAAAACAACAGAAACAUAGAGGAAGAUUUGUACUUGUCCAGCAUCUGUAUUUAUAUCUGUAAACUGGAAGGAUGAACACGAAAACAGUACUUAGGUGUUUGUGUAGCCUGACGUUUUUGGAAUGCUUCCUGAAGUUUUGUUUUGGGUUUAACGUUUUUCAUCAGUAUUUCUGUUAUGUAAUUAGGGCGGGCAGUUAACCUAGCAUGUUUAUAAUAAAUGUUCAUAGAAAAAAAUGAAAGACG